AACGCGGCGGCGGCGUGACUCGCGUCCGAAGCGUGCAUCAACAACCGCGAUCUCCAAACUUUCUCUCCGGUUGAACGCCUGCGCAGACAAAAACGUGCGCAUACGUUAGUUUCCUUUUUUUCUUCUUCUUCUUCUUUUUUCUUCUUCUUCUUCUCCUCCAUGCCGCAGCAGCCAUGGACGCGAACCUGCACGGAGGCGGCGCAGCGAUGCAUGUGAAAACCGAAGCCGGGGAUGAGAGCUCAUCUGCGCUGGGUUUGGGCAGCCGGGAGUCGCCUGCGCCCUGCGGAGAUGCGGCAUGCAGAGCGGGAGCAGGAGCAGGAGGAGGGGCGCAGCAGACUGCGGAGGAACUGGCUGACGCGGAGCUGCAGGCCACCACAUCGGCUCCCUCCGUCCUGCUGUAUCCAGUGAGCACAGAUCGGUUCUUUACAUCAUCAGCCGAUGGGAAAACAUACCUGAAGAUUGCCCCAGCUGCAGUGCUGCCACCUGCUGUCUCGGACAAGGCGCUCUCCUCCGGCUCCGAUUUCUCCUCCAAAGCUGUCCUGUGCCUGAUCGAGGCCGUCGGCCGCCGCUGGGGCCUCUACGAGACGCGGGAGCGCUCCCAGCUCUUCCAGAGCGUCCAGGAGGAGAUGGCCUCGAAGGGCCACAUCCUUCCCGUGGAAAAAAUCCGCCGCAAGUGGAACAACCUCAUUGUCACGUACAAGAGGGUCAAGGACCGCAGCCGGGAGACGGGACACGCCAAAACAUCCUGGGAAUUCUUUGAUCUCAUGGACGCCACGCUCUGUGAUACUAUUGGCUCGCAGAUCAUUAGCAACAAAAGGAACAAAGGUAGCAGUACAGCUUCUUCACUGGCCAUUCCUUCAACAAAGAUCCCAGCAAAACCAGCGCAGCUUCCACAGCCCACCACCAUCAUCCGCCCCAAUGGGGACUUUGCUGGGACCGGGGCUUUGGACACAGCCGGUCUGGGAGCCGCCACCAGCCAGAUUAUGAGUAGCGCCGCUGCCAGUCCAUCGCAGACCGCAACAACUGUUACGCUUGUCAAUGCUCCAGAGGUGAAGCCUGUGAUUGUCCUCAAUGGUGACAUUGUCACUACUAGCAUUCAGCCAACGACCAUCGUACCGUCUCCGUCGUUUAUCUCUUCACCGUGUUUUACUGAAACAGCCUCUGGAUCUUCUGCUCUCGGCUCACCCGGCAGCACGGACCUGGGCUCGUCGGCCUACAAAAACCGAAAAGGUCCGUCUUUCACGUCGGGCGUCGCGCCUUUCUGCCUCGGUACAACGCCACUCAGCCACACUCAGAACAUUCUUGGCCUCUCGUCGUUCCCCGCAACGUCUUCCUGUCACACCGCUUCCAGUGCCGCUUCGCUAGCUGCGCCUGCGAGUGUGGGAUCAGAGGGGCAGAACCAGAAAGGAAGCAAGGAGCAAGGCAGCAUCGGGUUGUUCAAGGAGGUCCUGAAGAGGCAGGAAGAGCAGGGCUACCUGGAUCGGGUGGCUCGGCGCAGGGUGGAGGCCAGAGAGAAGAGGCGGGAGAGGAGGGAGGUGCGGAUGUCAGAGUCUCUUGGAAGGAUAGCCACGGCCUUGGAGCUGCUGUCCUCCAAGCAGGACACGAUCAUUGCGCUCCUGCAGAGACUGGCAGAUCGGAAAUGA